AUGGACCCGGACAGCCCUGGCAUCCCCACGGACCGCCUGACGCUCACAUGGCUGGAGAUACCUGCAUGGCAGAGAGACAAUGAGUUCAUAUUGACAGGCUAUAGAAGGAUACAAUACAGCUGGCGAGGGUGUGCAUAUUCAAUUUUCGGAUACUUGCACAAUGAAACCGUCAACAUCCAGACACAUCUGUUCGGGGCCGUCCUGUUCGGGGUGCUGCUCAGCACCUUCCACCAGGUGUACCUCGCGCGCUUCGACUCGACGACCUGGGCAGACUACGCGGUGUUCACCAUCUUCCUCUCCGCCGCCGUAUUCUGCCUGCUCACAAGCUCGUUCUACCAUACGUUCUCGGUGCAUUCCAGAGAGGUGGCCCUCCGAUGCAACGCCGUGGACUAUGCAGGGAUCAUCGUCCUGACAGUGGGAUCAACCUUCCCGUGCAUCUACUACGAAUUCUUCUGCGACACGCUGUUGCAAACGACGUACCUGGCCGUGAUGGUGCUCGUCGGUACGGGUGCCGCAUACAUCGUGCUCGACCCCGAGUACUGCAAACCGACGCACCGCGGGGCGCGCACGACGGUCUUCAUCGUGCUCGGCCUGAGCGGCAUCGUCCCCAUCACGCACGGGCUGCUCACGCACGGCUUCGCCAAGCUGCUGACGGAGAUGGGCUUCGGGUGGCUGAUCGUGGCCGGCGCGCUGUACAUCUGCGGUGCCUUGCUGUACGCGAACCGCGUCCCGGAGCGGUUCGCCCCCGGCGCGUUCGAUCGGCUCGGCGCGUCGCAUCAGAUCUUCCACGUCUGCGUCGUGCUCGCGGCGCUCGCGACGUACGCAUGCGUCCUGACCGCAUUCGGCCACUGGCACGGGCGACGCGGCGUGUGUCCGGCGUAG